AUGACGGAGAACUCCUGCUCCAUCGAUUAUUUCGUUUCGAACUUGCCUUACGAUGUCACGGAGGAGGAGCUGAAGGACUUUUUUAAACCGGCCUGUGAGGUUACCCACUGCAGACUGAAGAGGACAAAGCUCGGCAUUAAGAGCUGCCACGGGUACAUACGGUUUGGGGAAAAUCUAAACGAUGUAGAGGCAUACGCACGAAGGGAGAGACUCAAAGGUAGGCAGUUGUGCAUUGAAUUAGUGGAAAAUGGAAAGGACGAUAUGACAGACGAUGAAGAAGACGAUGCGAUAGACGCGACGGACGGGGAAGGGUUCCCCCCGUGGGAGCAGAACCAGAAGGAUGGUCAGCACCCAAUUAAGGGGUCAACGAAGCAACAGACAGAUGAACAAGCAAAGCGCAGAAACAAAUGGAACUCCAAAAAGGGGAAUGAAAAGAUCGAAAUAAUUAACAAAAAAGGAGUGAUUACAAAACAGGGACAUGCAAUUCUUAGCAACAUGCACAUGUAUGACGUCGUCCUUUUGGUUCAGAAAAUGCAACAGCUAGUUAGACUCUCUCCCCAAACAGCCAUUAAAUUUCUCAGUAAUAAUAAGAGCAUUUGUUACUCUCUCAUCCAUGCGCUGUUCCUUCUGGGGAUUUUAAACGUAGAGAUGAAUCCCCUUAGCGAGGAGGACAUCACCCGGGUGAAGUUUCAUGCGCUUAAGAAUAAGUUCCAGUUUUUGUGUGUGGACGGCGAGGAGGAAGAUGAGGUGGACACAGAUGCGUAUCCUUUGGGGGAACAAUUAUGUCACAGGGGGGGUAUCGGUUCGCAUGAAGUUGAUUGGGGUAACAUGGAUAGGGGUGAUGCUGGUGGACGUGGCUCCGAUCUAGGGGAGGUGAGCAACGGGGAAAACCCACCCUGGGGAGGCCCAAAUUACGACUACGAACAGAAUGGCAGGAGGCAGCUGUACGAGAGGGGAGGAAGGAUAAACACAGUCAAAAUGGAUACCCCCUCAUCAUUGAAGCAUAUACGUGGAAAGAACUUACCGGUGAGUAACCUGAAAAAUGCAUCAAGGGGGUUGUAUUCAACAAAUCAGAGUACUUCUUACGGGGUCAAUCAUAACAGCUAUGCCCCGUUUAACCAUGUGGAUGUGCCGUCGGACGGAGGUCAGAGCGGGUACCCAGCAGACAGGGAUUCUGCUUUUGGAGAAGUGGAGAGAGAGGCAGUGAAGGGUCAAAUGGGUCGACCCAAUUUACAUGGAACGGUUGGAAGUGCCUACCACCCGCGGCAGCAAUUUUCCCAGCUCACCCUCUCUAUGAACAAUAGACGGGGAGGAACCAGCGGGUACCCCCUCCAGGGGAGCUACUCCAACAAGUACACAAUGAAGGGAGGAAAAUUGAAGAACAAAAAUAAGCAGAUCAAUAAGCAAAAGAGUAAGCAAAAGAACAAGACAAAGAACUCUGCCAACAUGAUGCCCCUUGGGAACAGAGCAGGAAGUGGUAAUAUGUUCUCAAGUGGGGGGAGCAGACCCCUCGAUUAUGACAGUAACAGCAUGCAGGGAAAUGCCCACCCGUAUAAUUACGAAGAGGAGUUCCCCAGUGGAAGGAACACAGGGUUGUAUGGAAUGCGUGGCGUUGUUGAUACGAAGACGGAAAAGGAGACCUACUAUGGGAAUUAUUACGCCAGCGAUGGUGUUACAGGUCAGCAUGGGGAAGGGGCAGACCCGUUGGAUACGCAAAUCAAUUACAGUGGCGAAAUGAGCAACGUCCGGGUGAAGAGCUAUGAGGGUAACCAAACUGAGGGAGGAGUUUUCCAAAUUGGAGGACAAUCUACCUCGUCACUCUACUGGAGGGGCAUAUCCAGGAAGGGUAAUUACCAGGUGGACAGUGAAACAACGCAGAGAGAUAGCUACAUGAGUGACCACCAAGGAGAAAAUGCAGCCGAAGAGAGACACCUCGAAUUGGGGAAGAGGCUAAUCCAAAAAAUUAACACGUCGAAUAACCAACGGAGGGGAAUAAAACUAAUCGACAGAAACGACAGAAAUGAACAAACGAAAGAAGAGAACGUUAUUAGGAUAAAGAAUGUAGACCUAUAUAACGAAGUGGAAAAGACGCAGGAAAUUUACUUAAGCAGUAGCUUGAAGGCUCUGUUGAAAAAAGUAAACAUGAGCUUGAAGGACAUUCCCUAUGCUGAGGAAGAUUUGGUAAAGGAGGUCAUUAAUGAGAAGCCCAUUUUGGAGAACAUUCUCAUUAGUAAGUACGCGGAUAUGGUCAACUGGAACCGGGACCAGGUAUUGCGUGUCCUGUCCAUUCGGAAGUCGCUGAAAAGCCGCGGGUACAACAUUAACGGGGUCAUCUGA